AUGGCCGCCAUCAAGGCGCUGCAGCAAUGGUGCCGGCAGCAGUGCGAGGGCUACCGGGACGUGAACAUCACCAACAUGACCACGUCGUUCCGGGACGGCCUGGCCUUCUGCGCCAUCCUGCACCGCCACCGGCCGGACCUCAUAAACUUCGAUGCCCUCAGGAAGGAAAAUAUCUAUGAAAACAACAAGCUGGCGUUCACCGUGGCUGAGGAGAAGCUGGGUAUCCCGGCCUUGCUGGAUGCAGAGGACAUGGUGGCCCUCAAGGUACCAGACCGGCUGAGCAUCCUGACAUAUGCAUCCCAGUACUACAACUACUUCCACGGCCGCUCCCCCAUUGGGGGCAUGGCUGGUGUGAAGAGGCCCUCCACAGAGUCCAUGGAGGAGCCAUCCGGGAAGAAAGCUCCAGCCCAGCUGGCCUCAGCUGGCCCACCCCGGGGCCCGCCACUGUCCGUCAUCCAGAACAGGGCUACAGGGAUACAGGGUCCGCCCCUCAAAGCUGGCCUGGCCCCCUUGGGCAGCUCGGUCAGCAGCAUCUGUGCUGCCUGUGGCAAGCACGUGCACCUUGUGCAGCGACACCUGGUGGACGGCAAGCUCUACCACCGGAAUUGCUUCAGGUGUAAGCAGUGUUCCAAUACGCUCCACUCGGGAACUUACCGGACCACGGAGGAGCCUGGCAUCUUUGUCUGCACCAGCCAUCAGCCCACAGCUGACUCUGUGAGCCCCAUGACACUGCACCAGAGGAGGGCUGCCCCCAGGGACCCCAGCACUUCCCAGAAGGCCCAGGAGCAGAAUGGGCUGAGAGAGGCAGCUCCAGGGGCCAGGCAGUUGGCCCGGGAGCCCAUGGUAGACAACUCGGCAUCCAGACGUUUCCCUCCAUCCACACCUGACCCUCCAACCUCUGCUGCCUCCUCUCACGGCCACCGGGGGAGCCCCACCACACCCAGGCUCCCUGUGGGCACUGUGGCCUCCAGCCCCAUAGCCAAGGCCAGCAUGCGGGUGACCAACAGUUCGCCAGUCGGGUGGUCCUCACUGGCACAGGGCACCUCUGCAGCCAAGCCUCAGCCGUCUGGACCCAUAAACACCCAGAACCCUUUCCCAGCUGUGCCACAGACCCAGGCAGCCCCUCGAGAGGUAUCUCUACAGACCAAGCUCAGCCCAAGCCCAGUGUCUCUGGCCCCUGUGAACCAUCCUGCCUGGACACCUGGAGCCGUUAGGACCCAGCAGGCCCGGGAGAAAUUCUUCCAGGCUUCCAGCAAUGACUCGGCCAGUGGUGGCUCCAGGAAGGGGACUCCAGUGGACACAACUCCAUCAGUGGACAGUGGCAAACAGCAAGCACUGAGCUUCCUCAGGAAGGCCCUUCCCGCGUCCAGCCGGUCAGUGGACACAGAAAGGCCGGGCCCAGCACAGCCCUUGUCCUGGGGUGGGAUGCUUGGCUCAGGCCCACCCACUCACAACUUCCUGCUGGUCAGCCCGUGGUGCCUAGUGGUCCCAGCAGUGGAGGUGGACAUGAAGGGUAGUGAGCUUGUCUGUCCACUCCUGGGGGAGGCUGGAAGGAAGAGAACAGGGGUCACUGUGGCGGGCAGCACAGCCAGUGUGGGCACCAGGAUGAAGCCAGAGGAGCCCCUGGCCACGAAGGGUCCCAGUGCCAGCACCCAGGGUCCCCUGGAGGACAGUCCAGCCGGGUGGAGAGCCCGCCUGAAACCUGUGGAUAAGAAGAACACCCCCGACAGGUCUGUGGAGCCAAAGGAAUCCCAGGCUCCUGGAGGGUGGAAGGCGGGGGAUGCGCCCAGGAAGGUGCUGCAGAGCUCCCAGGUGGACGGCCACAGUCGGCUGACCCCCAUGCAGAACCCUGGACCCACCGUCUCAGACUCGCCCUCCUCCCAAUCUGGCCGCAGGAGGUUGGCUGUCCCUGACAGCUUGGAUGUGAGUGGGGCCUGGCUGCAGCCUGAGUCCCCUGGACAGGGACCCUUGGCUGUCGGCUGGAAGAAAGCCGAGGCCCACACUCGGGACCUAGCAGCCCGGCCACACCCUGACUAUGUGCCCCAGGAGGAGAUCCAGCGGCAGGUACGUGACAUCGAGAGGCAGCUGGAUGAGCUGGAGCUCAAGGGCGUGGAGCUGGAGCGGCAGCUGAGGGCAGCCGAGGGAGACGCCACCGAGGACGAGCUCAUGGUGGACUGGUUCCGGCUCAUCCACGAGAAGCAGCUGCUUCUGAGGCUGGAGUCGGAGCUGAUGUACAAGUCCAAGGACCAGCGCCUGGAGCAGCAACAGCUGGGUCUGGAGGAGGAGCUGCGGCGGCUGAUGGACAAGCCUGAGGCCCUAAAGUCACCCCGGGACCGGCAGCGGGAGGAUGAGCUGCUGCACCGGUACGUGGACACCGUGAAUGACCGCAGUGACAUCGUUGACUGCCUGGAUGAGGACCGGCUCAGUUUCCCAGCCUGCAUUGCAGUGGGUACCAGUUGCAGGUCCCUGGAGAAAUCCCGCGUCAUGCUUUACCCCUGGUCUGUGAGGGGCAUGGUGAUGCUCUCCUGGGGAGGUGAUGGCCAGGCUCCUCUCGAGCAGCUCGAGCUGUCAGGGGCCUUGGACAAUGGGGAGCAGGUGGCCCCCAAGGGCCAGGUGCCCCAGCCCCUCCUCUCUGUGGAUGUGGACAGAGCUGUCUGA